AUGACCGCGACCCUUUUCCAGGCGUCCCGCGACGGCAACGUUGAGCUCGUCGCUUCCCUCAUCGAAGAGCCUUCGCUCGACAUCGAUGCCCGCGAUGAGACUGGCCUCACCGCUCUCCACCACGCUGUUCGAGGCAAUCACAUCGAUGUUGUUUCGCAGCUCCUCGCCAAGGGCGCCAACGCCGUCGACGUAGCUCAGGACGCCGCCCUCAAGCAGAACCCAGACCUCGCUUCUAUCAUCAACAACGCCUUGCAACACACCCAGUCCGCCAGCUUCCAGAGCGCACCCGUCGUUGACUCGCACGGAGGCAAGCAGCUCCCAGAUGGCACCGUCAGCUACGUCCAGCCUCCUGCUUACCAGGGUCACUCGGGCAUGGACGUGUCAAUGCACCAGCAGCACGCCCUCCACCACCCAAUGUCGCAACCCAUGUACCCUUUCCAGCCGCAGCACACUUUCUUCGACCCCUCGCACAACCCUGAACACCGCGGUCACGCACACAAGGACAGCUCCUCCGGCAGCCUGCCCCCACCCGAAGUCGCCAAGAUGAUCCCUUGCCGCUUCUUCCCUAACUGCCGAUACGGCGACAAGUGCAUGUUUGCCCACCCCGUCGCUUUGCCAGCAUCAGCAUCCAACGCCGGUCCUGUCUCUCCCGGCCAAGCACACAUGUUCUACCAGUCUCCCGCUUAUGGCUACCCUGCCUACGGUCCGCCGCAGCACUUUUACUCCAUGGCGCCUCCCAUGCCCAUCCAGUACACGCACGCUGGCGUUCCUAUGCCAGUUCACAUGCCGCCGCCCCCGCACAUGGCACCGGUACCGCACUCUGCCGAGCAGGGCGAUGCUUAUGGCAACCACUUUGGUGCUCAAUCCCACCAAGCCUAUGAGUCGAAUCAGGUACUCGAGGGCAAGCCGGAAUCCGUCACCAACGAUAACCCGCCGCAGGCCACUGCCGAAUCUUCCCCCAUCUCUGCCAACGGUGACGCCAACGCAGACAAGGCUACUUCCGCUGCGGAGACGGCAGCUGCUGCUGUCGACGCCGACGUUGCUGGCUCGUCGUCAGCAGCGGCUGCAGCAAGCUCCACCAACACCACCUCGUUCAGCGCCUUUAUGGCUCACCACGCCACUCCUUUCCAGCCUGGUCCGGGUGCGCAGAACGGGGUCUCGGUCGGAGCUGAUGGCAGCAUCUUGACCGCACCACAGACAUUCUCUCGCGGUGCUAAGGUGGCUGGUCGUCGAGGCGGUGCUUCCAUGGGAGGCAGCUUUGGCUCGCGAGCCGAUUUCAGCAAGCGCUCCACCGAGCGUCCUGCCUGCCACUUCUUUGCUCGCUCUGCGUGCAAACACGGCGAGGACUGCCGCUUCCCUCACAUCCUGCCCGAUGGCACCGACAUGCGUGGACCCAACGCUGGCCGCUCCAGUCACUCUAUCGAGGCUUCUCGUGCCAUCAACCGCGCCCUUGCUGCCAAGAGCGCCCGAGGUUCGGCUACUGGUUCAGGCGCCAAUGGCGCCUCGUCGUCGCAAGGUGCGGGUGCAGCCGCCAAGAGCGAUGCUAGCAGCCUUCCUUUGGCCCCCACCAACGUGAAUGUGUCGACUUCGCCUGCCUCGGCUCAGACCACCAUCACUGCCAACGAUACUGAACAGGCUUCGAAGGCUUCCUCGACGGACAAGGCAACACCGCGAGAGGAUGCUGCUGAGCAGAAGCCUGCUGCCAAUGUCAACCUGCCAGCGCCGACUGCCCCGGCCACCGCAGCCAAGAAGGAGCAGAGCAACGGCACCAAGCCUGCCAACGCCUCGUCAUCGACACCAAGAGCAUCCAACUUGAACGCUGGCGCGUCGGCCAAGACCGAGAACAAGGUCGAGAACGCCGCUCAAGGCAAGCGUGCCGCUACCUCUGGCACCAAGUCGGAGGAAGCUAAGCCGGCCGCUGCCGCUCCCGUUGCCGGCAACAGCAACGGCGAUCGCGUCCCCGCUUCCAUUCCUUCCAAGCCCUUGGUCAACGGCAAUGCGAACAAUACCGCUACCAACCGACAGAACGGUGCCAAGCCGCAGCCCAAUGGCGUUCAGGGUGGAAAGGGCCAGCAGAACCAGCAAAACGGAGCUCGCACCCGUUCCAACCAGAACAACAGUAGCAACAACGGCCGCGCCAACGGCCAGGCUGGUCAGAACGGUGCUGGUCAGAAGAAACCUGCUGCUCAGCAGCGCCUGCCUAGCGCCGAUGACUUCCCGGCUCUGUCCAACGGUCCUUCGUCAUCAACGACGUCUUCUACCCCUGGUUCGAACGCCAAUGGUAUGACCAAGGCCAACUUUUCGGCCAUCCUGUCUGCGCCUGCGCCCGUUAAGAAGCAACCCGAGCCCGUCAAGGAGAUCGAGGCCGCUGCGACCGACGACAAGGCCACGGCUGCGCCUGCCAACGGUGCCGAGACUAAGGAGACCAAGACGUCUUCCAGCGAGGCUGAUACCAAACCGACAGGUGCGCCGGCUGCCAAAGCCAAUGGUACGGCUGCUCCGUUGCUCGAUUUUGCUGCAGUUGUUCAAUCGAACCCUGUUGCUGUCUAA